UCCCUAGAGGAAAGAAAAUCAAUUUAUAUUAUCUUUGCCUAUUUGAUUAUCUUCCUCUAGUGGAGAUUUUUCUAUUUUCAUUGAUCCUUCAUCAACAAUAACAUAUCUUUUUAUCUUAAAUAACUUUUUUUUUCUAGUUAAUUUUGUGAUUCCUUAGAAAAUAAAUUUAAAUAUUUGAGGUUUCUUCAUACCUGAAAAUAAUAUAUUUGGAAUUAUUUUUUUUUGUCUAGAUGUAAAUGUAAAUUUUUAGAUAAUUUCUUGUUGGAUGUGCAAUAGGUUAAUCAAAAUUGAAUCUUUGGAGCUUUAGGUGAUUCAUAUAGUACUAUUAUCAAUUAGCCAGUAGCGAAAUCAGAAAUUUCAUUAAUGGUGUUAUUUUGACCUGUAUACUAUAAUUUUUCGACGAAAGGUGUUCAUUUGAUUACUUUGCAUCUCCUAUUAGAGAUAUAAACAAGAUUGUUUUUUUCUUCCUUUCUUUUUUUUUGUUAUGUUUGAUGGCAGAUAUUGGCAAGGCAAUGUCUCGAUUCGACGUAGAAUCGUUACAAGAAAUGCUUUGUGUUCAAGAACAACUUAUAGAGAAGUUGUACAAUGAGUUGGAUGAAGAGAGUGAAGCCUCAUCUAGUGCAGCAACUGAAGCGUUAUCGAUGAUUUUACGUUUACAAGGUGAAAAGGCUGCAGAGGAAAUGGAAGCAGAACAAUACAAGAGAUUUGUAGAAGAAAAAAUGAGUCAUGCUGAAGAAUCAUUAUCUGUUUUACAAGAACUUAUUGAUCAAAAACAGAUGGAGAUAGAUGAAUUGGAUCAUCAUGCACAAGCUUAUCGAUAUAAGCUUGUGAGUAUGGGCUAUGAUGAUGAUAUUGAUGAUAGUGAUCUCGAAUAUCUCGAGGAUUUAGAAGGAAAAAUGAUUGUUCAAUCUAUUGGGAGGUGUAAAUCCACUCCGAAUAUCACAUUGAAAUAUGCUAAUAUGAAAAAGGAUGUUCUUAAAGACGAAAAGAUCAGUCCAAAACGCGAUUUGAAUGAUGUUCCAACGGCUGGGAGUAUAAGUUUGUACUGUGAGCAGAUCGAAAAGUUGGAAGAAAGAGUGAAACAGAUUGCUGGUGCUAACUAUGCGAAAUUGUCUAGUUUACCAGUUUCUAAAAGAAGCUCUUGUAACAAUUUCUUGGAGCAAUUUAAAGAAACGUACCUCGUUCAGCAUCGAGGGAAUAAAUCAGAUAACGAAGUUGCUGCUAGUCGUUCUGCUUCUCCUCCGAAUGUUCUUGAUGUCUUUGAAGUCCCUCGAGCCAUUAAAGACGAAGAUUUUGUUGUCCGAAAGGAGGCUAAAAAACAGCUUGUUAAAGAUGAAACUGAUUGGCAUAAGAAAUAUUUAGUACCUAUGCAGCAUUUGGAUAUUUGUCCUACAACUAGUGCUUCAGAAACAGCAGAGAUUCAUCAUGUCAAUAGGACGACGUUUGAGAUAGCUGAAGUCGAGAGACAAGGUACGAGGCAAGAACCCGAGAGAUACGAAGCGCUAAUGUUGUUACAUGACAUUAAGGAGAAACUAAAUUUAGCACCUAAAAAGCAUUUGAAAGUUUGUCCAAUGACUAGUGCUUCAGAAACAGAAGAGAUUUGUUGUGUCAAUAGGACCACGUUCAAGAAAGCUGAAGUCGAGAGACAAGGUACGAGGCAAGAACCCGACAGACACAAAGAGCUAAUGUUGUUACAUGACAUUAAGGAGCAACUAAAUUUAGUACCUAUAAAGCAUUUGGAAAAUUGUCCAAUGACUAAUGCUUCAGAAACAGCAGAGAUUCGUCGUGUCAAUAAGAAGUUUGAGAUAGCUGAAGUCAAGAGACAUGGUACGAGGCAACAGACAGAGAGGCACAACGAGCUAAUGUUGUUACAUGACAUUAAGGAGCAACUUAAUUUAGUACCUAUGCAGAAUGAGAACAAGUUACAUAGAGUAGGUGAAGCUGCUUCUCCUACCACUAGUGCUUCAGAAACAGCAGAGAUUUGUCCUGUCAAUAGGACGACGUUUGAGGUAGCUGAAGUUGAGAGACAACGUACGAGGCAAGAAUCUAACAGACACGAAGAGCUAACGUUGUUAUAUGAGAUCAAGGAGCAACUAAAUUUGAUGCAAUCUGACAUUAAAACUUGGAAAAAUAUCAAGUCCCAUCCAAGAAAUGAGCCAUCUGUAGUUUCUCUAACAGAGGUGAUGGCUUGUUUUUGGCUUUGAUCCAGCUAUCAAAAAGCUUGCAAGUUCAAGAUGUUGAGAUUUUUGCUUAUUAUGGCUUUUGAGUUGAGACAGUCAGUGUCCGAGUCAAGAUUUUCACUAAUAAAGUAGUAAUUACACGAAGAAGCUAAGGGGA